CGGAUGUGUGUGUAUGGGAGGUCAUGCCUGUGGUGUAGCUGCUGUUCAAUAUUAAGCUUUUCUCUAAUAAUAUUAAUAAUAAUAGUUUAAUAAUAAUCGUAUUAUAAUGAAGCGGUGAUUCCUCACCUCUGCAGCUCCGCCCCGCCGCUCUGCUCACACUGGCCUCUGUGUCUCAGGUUGUGUAUCCUGGCUGUUCUAUAGAGGAUAAUGGGUCCAGCCGGGCUUCUACCUGUUCUACACAGACUAAAGACUCUGUCGUUUAAAUGCACAUCAUUAUCAGCAGCAGCAGCAGCUAAAUGCUCCUCCUUUCAGAUGUCUAGAGCAGACCUGUGGGUUGGUCCCACCUGCACCCUGCUUCACAGAAGAAACAUCACUGUGGAGACGGCCCUCAGCCACCAUGGGUCAGAGCUAACGGACAGGGAGAAAAGGCUGCUGGACAGGCUGUAUAAUGGGCUGGUUGGGGGUCAGCGAGCGUCUCUCGCUGAGUCUAUAACUCUGGUGGAGACUCAGCACCCGCGGAAGAAGGAGCUGGCCCAGGUCCUGCUACAGAGAGUCCUGGCCUUCCGGCAGCAGCUGGAGAGACAGAACGGCGGGAAACCUGUGGCCUUUAGAGUGGGUCUGUCUGGUCCUCCGGGGGCGGGGAAGUCCUCAUUUAUUGAGGUGUUGGGGAAGAUGCUGACUGGAAAAGGCCACAGAGUCUCUGUGCUGGCUGUUGACCCCUCCUCCUGCACCACUGGGGGUUCAUUAAUGGGGGAUAAAACACGAAUGACCGAGCUCUCUCGCGACAUGAGUGCCUUCAUCCGCCCGUCACCCACCUCCGGAACGCUCGGCGGGGUGACGAGGACCACCAACGAAUCUAUCGUCCUCUGUGAGGGUGCAGGCUAUGACGUCGUCCUGGUGGAGACAGUAGGUGUGGGACAGUCUGAGUUUGCUGUGGCUGAUAUGGUGGACCUGUUCGUGCUGCUGAUUCCACCGGCAGGGGGAGAUGAACUGCAGGGAAUUAAGAGAGGGAUCAUUGAAAAGGCUGACCUGGUGGUUGUCACAAAGUCUGAUGGAGAUCUGGUCGUUCCAGCACGGAAAAUUCAAGCUGAGUAUACGAGUGCUCUGAAGCUGCUCCGCAAGAAAUCCAAAACAUGGAAACCCAAGGUGGUGCGGGUGUCCUCUCAGACGGGUGAGGGAGUGCCAGAGCUUUGGGAGGUCAUGCUGCAGUUUCGGGACUCCAUGCUGGCCUGUGGUGAGCUGCAGGUUCGGAGGCGGGAGCAGCAGAAGGUGUGGUUGUGGAGCCUGAUCCAGGAGAACGCCCUGCAGCACUUCAGAGAACACCCGGCGGUGCAGGCUGGCCUACCUGAGAUGGAACGGAGGGUGACGCAGGGAGAUAUCUCACCUGGACUGGCUGCUGACCUUCUGCUCAGGGCGUUCAGGUCCUCACAAUAGCAGAGGAACAUUUACACACAGAAGAUUCCUCAUUAUAGAGUUAUGGAGACACUUCCAGCAGAAACCGGCAGUUUUGAGAUGUUGAUUACAGUAAUUGGCCUUUUAAGAGGGCUUAACACAUACUUUCUAUGCUGCGUUAUGUAUGUGUAUAACUGCCUUUGUGAUUGAAAAUGUUGUUGACUUUUCUAAUUACAGCAUGUCAGAGAGGGUGUAUCAGUAUCGCUGAGUGUGAAGGAUCUGAGGAAGAUAUCAUCAGAACAAGCUGAGUGAGAUAUCAUUAAGACACUGAAAUACAGGAUCCUGUAGCAAAUCUGUUCUAAAACAGCACACAAACACUUACACACACACACUCACACUGUGUGAUGAGAAGUAGUGAGCUACAGCGGUAAGAAAAUUUUGGGCACCCCUGGUAAUAUUCAUGAUUUUCCUUUAUAAAUCAUUUUUCUAAUCAGCAAUUUCAGUUAAAUAUGUCAUAUGUCAGAUGAACACAGUAAUAUUUGACAAAAGAAAUAAAGUUUAUAGGAUUUACAGAAAGUGUGCAAUAAUUCUUUAACAAAACUAGACAGGUUCAUAAAUUUGGGCACCCCAAGAUAAAAAUAAAAUCAAUAUUUAGUAGCUCCUCCUUUCGCAGAAAUAACAGCCUUUAAACGCUUCCUAUAGCUUCCAGUGAGAGUCUUACUUUGGUUGGACCGUUCUUCUUUACAAAACAUUCAAAACAUCUCCAGUUCAGUCAGGUUUAAAGGUUUCUGAGCAUGAACAGCCCACUUUAAAUCAUACCACAAAUUAUAUUUCAAUAAUAUUCAGGUCUGGGGACUGAGAUGAUCUGAGAUGAUCAUUCCAGAACAUUGCACUUGUUCCUCUGCAUGCAUGCUUUAGUAGAUUUAUAGCCGUGUUUAGUGUUUAGGGUCGUUGUCUUGUUGAAGUAUCCAGCCCUGGUGCUUCAACUUGAAUAGUAAAGUGUUUGUCUUGGAAUGCUGUGUUCUUUUUCCAUCAUGCAUAAAUAACAGCCCUCCAAUUAUCAGUUUCAUCAGUCCACAGAACCUUAUUCCAAAAUUAAGCUGGCUUGUCCAAAUGUGCUUUAGCUUUAGCAUACCUCAAGCGAAGCUGUUUGUGGCGUGUGCUCAGAAAAAAGCUUCUUCUGCAUUCCUUACUCUCACAUACAGACUGUCCUUGUGCAAAGUGCGCUGAAAAGUUGAAUGAUGCACAGUAAAUCUGCAGCAAGAUGAUGAUGUAGGUCUUUGGAGCUCUGGAGGUCUGUGGGUUGAUUAUGACUGGUCUCACCAUCCUUCUCCUCUGAUUAUCUGAGAUUUUUCUUGUUCUGCCACUUCAGGCCUUAAUUAGAACUGUGCCUGUGAUCUUCCAGUUCCUCACUUCCAGUUCCUCACAGUGAAAACUUACAGCUGAAAUCUCUGAGAUUAUUGAGCUUUUUGUAUCCUUCCUCUAAACCAUGAUGUUAAACAGUCUUUGUUUUCAGGUCAUUUAAGAGUUUUAUUUUGAAGCUCCCAUGUUGCCACUCUUCAAAAAGAUGCAAAGAGGUGAAAAACUUGCAAUUGGCUCCUUAACCCUUUCUCAUAAUUUAAUUCACCUGUGUAUGUAGGUCAAGGGUCAAUAAGCUUACCAAACAAAUUUUAAGUUCCAGUAAUUAGUGCAAAAGGUAUUCAAAUCAAUAAAACAAAUAAAGGGUGCCUAAAUUUGUUCACCUGCCUAAUUUUGUUUAAAGAAUAUGUCAUCAUUUGUCAAUUUGUUUAAUAAAUUGAUUGAUGAGAAGUUUGAUCAAUUUCAGGUUUAAGUCCUCUUGAAAAGUUUUUUUAUAAAAUUAUGUCAAAUUUGUCUUUUUUUUCCUCAGUUGUUUUGUGUUGUUCCUAUACACACAAAUUAAAUAAACAUGUGUAUAACAAAACGUGUAAUUGCAAACAUUUUCUGGGAGAAAUACUUCAUUUUCUGGGAAAAAAAAUCAGGGGUGCCAACACUUUCGGCCAUGACUGUAUAGUGUUUAUUUUUUGUAAAAAAAAUUCAAUUAUUCGAACAAGCAAUUGUGCAGUUUUAAAUAGUUAAAUAUAUGUUAUUCGAUUCAGAGUUGAAAAAAAGAUAAAAAAUAGGUUUAAUUGUUUACAUGAAAAAUUAAUUUUUUAAUUUUUAAAAUGGCCCAAAUACUGGCUUAUUAUUUCCCCCACUCUACACUACUGUAAAUGUUCCGGCUGAAGGUGCUCGCUGGGUGUCCUGUAGAAAUACCCACAGACCAGCAUUAGAUGGCGCCAUAAGCUUUGAGAGAGAGAACUGUCCAUUAUGUAAAGGCUCUCUGCACACAUCAGCUGUGCGUCUCUGUCCGCAGUGGUGUGUGACAUGAGUCUAUUGUGCUAGUGAAGCAUGCAGAGGUGCCUACCUACCUCUCUCACCAGCACUGUUCAACCAACCCCCCCCCCACACACACACACACAUCACUCUCUCUCUUUCUUUCUCUCUCUCUCUCUCUUUUUUUCUUUAUCUCUCUCCCUUAGAAAAGAAAUGUAUAGAUUGAACAUUAGGCUUCAAUACUUCAGAAAUCAAGAUAAAUCAAGAUAAAACACAAAGCGAUGCACUAUAUAUGUCCUGCAAUUAUUUGUGCAAAUAAAUGCAUAAAAAAUGCUAUCCAUUGCUGAUACAGAUGUGCAAAUGCAUGCAAAAGUUCACAGCUUGCCUGCUAUGCUAUGUAAUUAAUAAUUGCCAAUACAAUAGGACUCUCUGGAGCAGAUUAACAUGAACCAAUUGACAGCGUGCCUUACAAUGGCAUGUGUGGGUUAGAGUGGUGUAAAGCCACCCAGCACUGAGCUGUGGAGCAGUAGAGGAACUGUAAUGGAUGGAAUGAUGGUUGGAGCGCCAUCCAUCCAUAUUUUAGAUUUGGGAUAGCAUGAGCUAGGUUUAGAUGAGAUACUGAUAUCCUGAAUUCACUAAUUGCUCUUGAAUUGCUGAAUGCAAUCAAAUCCUCACAGCAAAUAGUAGAAAGCCUUGCUUAGAGUAGAGACAGUUCUCCCACAAAAGCAGCAUAAACUCUUUUUUCCAUUUUUUUAAAAAUACCCUUGAUUUUUGAUUGAAGAGGGAGCAAUAAAUGAGCAGGUGUCCCAAUACUUUUGUCCAUGUAGUGUAGAGAGAAGGAUAUGAGAGCUACAAUCAUCUGUCUUGUUUUUUUUUUUUUUCUUUUUUUUUUUUUUAAAUCCACAUGACUACAGAAGCAUCUCUCAGCCGCUGCUCAUUGGUUCUACAACACAGAGCGUGUGUUUGUGCAUGUCGGUGAGUGUAUGUGUGUGUGUGUGUGAGUGUGUGUGUGCGCGUCCUGUCUCUUGUGCAUGUGCCCUCUGUCUUAUGACUCCGUGCUGAAUGCACCAUGAAUACUGAUGACUCCUUAAGGCCUAAGGACCACCCUCACCAUCAAUCACAAACAGUAGCUCCUCUCCCCGUCUGCCGGCGAAGAUUCCUCCUGAUCUGAAAGUGUCUGGACGCCGUCCAUGAAGUGCAAAUGGAUUGUAGCUUUCCUGGAAUGACUCUUCCAUAGUCUGUCAUAUCGUGUUAAGCUAUUUUAGGCUAAACGGCAGCUCACGUAGCCUACAUAUGUUUAGCAUUUAGAGUGGUUUGUUCAGUGUAAGCAGAGAACCAGGGCAAGGUCUUGGAGGGGCGCUGGAGGGUUUUGUGUUUGGGGAAGAGUUUCUAGGCCUUUUUCUGUCCUUACAGCCAAACUAUACAGCUAAUCGUGUGUGUGUGUGUGUGUGUGUGUGUUUGGCUCCUAACUGUAACUGUAGGCGUGUAUACGUCACAGUGAGUGUGGUGGAGGUCCAUGAGGACACGUAUGAGCCAUUAGAUCUCAAGGAUGUGUUGGAAAAGCAACCUUUCCCUCGUGGCUCUAUGCUCAAAGUUGUCGAUAUUGUAAAAAUAUAUAUAUA